UUUCUUCUUCUUCUUUUUUUUUUUUUAACUGCUUAGGCCUGGAAUAAAAUACUUUGAUUUAGGGACUAAACUACAAUAUGGUAUAAUUGGCACAUCAAAUACUAUAAAGGAUUAUAAAUAAUAUCAGUGGCAAACAGAUGACAAGCAAUACAAAUUCUAUAGAGUGAUUUUUUUUCUUUCCUUUUAUGGGAAAUUUUCUUUAUUUACAUUACAAAUGUUACCCCUUUUCCCAGUUUUCCCUCCAGAAACCUCCUAUCCCACGCCCCCCCCCCAUUCUAUGAGGAUGUUCCCCCAUCCACCCACUCCUGCCUCCCCUCCAUGGCAUUCCCCUACACUGGGGCACUGAGCCUUCACAGGACCAAGGGCCUCUCCUCCUAUUGAUGCCAGACAAGGACAUCCUCUGUUACAUAUGCAGCUGGAGCCAUGGGUAACUCCACAAUUUGUGAAUUCAUUUGGAAUAACAAACAACCCAGGAUAGCAAAAACUGUUCUCAACAAUAAAAGCACGUCUGGGGGAAUCACCAUCCCUGACUGCAAGCUGUGUUACAGAGUAACAGUGAUAAAAACUGCAUGGUAUUGGUACAGAGACAGGCCGGUAGGCCAAUGGAAUAGAACUGAAGACCCAGAAAUGAACACAUACAUCUAUGGUCACCUCAUCUUUGACAAAGGAGGUAAAACAAUUCAGUGGAAAACACAUCAUUUUCAACAAAUAGUGCUGGCUCAACUGGAGGUCAGCAUGUAGAAGAAUGCAAAUUGAUCCAUUCUUAUCUCCUUGUACAAAGCUCAAGUCCAAGGGGAUCAAGGACCUCCACAUAAAACCGGAUACAGUGAAUCUAAUAGAAGAGAAGUGGGGAAGAGCCUUGAGCACAUGGGCACAGGGGAAAAUUUUCUCAAUAGAACACCAAUGGCAUAUGCACUCAGAUCAAGAAUUGACAAAUAGGCCCUCAUAAAAUUGCAAAGCUUCUGUAAGGCAAAGGACAUUUUCAAGAAGACAAAAAGGCAACCAACAGAGUGGGAAAAGAUCUUUACCAAUCCUACACAUGAUAGGGGGCUAAUAUCCAAUAUAUACAAAGAACUCAAGAGGUUAGACUCCAGAGAACCAAAUAACCCUAUUAAAAAUGGGGUAUAGAGAUAAACCAAGAAUUCUCAACUGAGGAAUACCAAAUGGCCGAGAAGUACCUAAAGAAAUGUUCAACAUCCUUGGUCAUCAGGGAAUUGCAAAUCAAAACAAUCCUGAGAUUCCACCUCACACCAGUCAGAAUGGCUAAGGUCAAAAAUUCAGGUGACAGCAGAUGCUGGUGAGGAUGUGGAGAAAGAGGAACACUCCUCCAUUGCUGGUGGGAUUACAAGCUGGAACAACCACUCUGGAAAUCAGUCUGGCGGUUCCUCAGAAAAUUGGGCAUAGUACUACCUGAGGACCCAGCUAUACCACUCCUAGGCAUAUAGGCAGAUGUUCCAACAUGUAAUAAGGACACAUGCUCCACUAUGUUCAUAGAAGCCUUAUUUGUAACAGCCAGAAUCUGGAAACAACCCAGAUGCCCCUCAACAGAGGAAUGGGUACAGAAAAUGUGGUACAUUUAUACAAUGGAAUACUACUCAACUAUUAAAAACAACGACUUCAUAAAAUUCUUAGGCAAAUGGAUGGAUCUGGAGGAUCUUGAGUGAGGUAACCCAAUCACAAAAGAACACUCAUGGUAUGCACUCACUGAUAAGUGGCUAUUUGUCUAUGGAGUGAUUUAAAAGGGAAGAAGACACAUAGCUUUUUGUGUGUAUAAUAUUAAGAUGGAAAUUUGCCAGUGCUGUUUGGCUUAUGAGUGAAUCUUGUUUCAGUGGAUUACCGGAAGAAAAUAAUAAGUGAACUGUAGGAAGAAGUAGUUAAUCAAGGUGACAAAGUAUCCUGACACAUUGGGAAAAGACCACAGUCCAGGAAACUGAGUCUUAAGGAUUCAUAUUAACUCCAGUUCCCCAUGUGCAGCUCUGAGACUUUGGCAGAUCAGACACUUAACUUCACCAGCUUCCUACACAGAGCAGUUACUAUCCUUGCACUUCACACAUGGAGUGUGACCAUUAAGCUGCACUGAAACAUGAGUCUGACUUGUUAAUAAUCUUAAAAUACAAAUUGUGUUGUAAAGUAUGUGACCAAAGAGCAUGGUCAUGCUAUUAACCUUUGAUGUUCUAUGGACUCUUAAUUUUAUGGUAGAAAUGUCAACAAGCUUGUGGAGGCUGGAAGAUACAAGGCUUAAGAGGAUGGCCUUUCAGUUUUGAAAGUAAUUCAGUAUGUGUUCUGGCAUCCCUUUUCCUAAAGCAAUUUAACCCCCCAAGUAGGCAUAAUUUUAAUGCUUACUUCAUCAGAAUAUGUCUAAUUGACUCUUCUAAAAAGACUUUGGUAUGCAUAGGAUCUAAAUGUAAAUGUGAUUUACUGACAUAAUAAAUAGGAGAAACUGAGCUAGAAUAGGUAUAAAAUAUGUGCUGGCUUUCUAAUAGGUCUUAUAGGUUAUAUAAGAGGUGGGAAAGGAAUAUUUGAAACAUCUAGAAGUAAAAUGAUCCUGAGUAGCGAUCCUGGGAAAAUACGUACUCUAACACACUGCAAUCAUCUCUCUGUGGUUUGCUGGAGCUGAGGUCUGGAAGGCUCGACCUUGGUUAGAAAUAACCUACCGAAUACAGAGCUAUGACGUUAGUCUGGAAGGAGCUUUGGAAGAAUGACAAGCUGUAGCUGCCCAGAACAUACUAGAUGCCAUAUUUCCAAGGCAAGUGUCCACAUGCGGACAUCUUAAGAAUAUGGUUGUCUCUGCAGUGCUAAGGACCUUGUUCGUGCCACACAGGUCUCCAGGGUUAGUGCUAACUCUGACUGCUUGACUCUUUAAUUCUACCUUGAUCAUUAAUGACUAGAAAUCACUUGGUGAUUAGCAACUGGAUAUGGAAUAUUACUAAUUUGUACCCAAGCCAGGCCACCUCAGCUUUGGCAGCUCCAUUCAUUCUGUGGAGCCCAGUCACGUGGGUUUGAAUCAACUGUACUGUUUCUACUUACAAGACGCAUUACCUGAGAUGAGUCAUUUUUCUUCACAAGUCUUUUUAGAAGAGUCAAUUAGACAUAUUCUGAUGAAGUAAGCAUAUAAAGUGAGAGCAGCAUGAAUGUGUUCCAUGUAUGCUCAUGGAUGCUAUUAUAAUGUGGAAAUAAACUGACUUUAAAAAAAAAAGCUUAUGAUACUUGUCACAGAGUAAAUCUUCCAUAAAUAUCAUCUGCAUUUAUAAAUUAUUUUCAUAAUCCAUCAAUUAAAAACCUUUAGAAAUUUUGUUAACACAAAGAUCCCUAGGCCCCUGCCCUAGGAUGGUCUGUAUGGUGGGCCUGAGAGAUGGAGCUUAAGAACUUACUUGCUCCAGGAGCACAUCUUCAGAACAUCUGCCUCAAAACAUUUAUCCCAAAUGCUCAUCAAAGGCUCACUCACAUGUGCUUCAACCACAGGGAUUAAACAGUCAUUUUAGUCACAUUUCUCAAACGGUGGAAGCCUGCUAGAGGAACAGGAUGUAUCAGGAUAACAUCCAACCUUACAAAAGGAUGUCAUAACCCUCACCACAACAAACAACAACGACAACAAACCCAUAAAAAUUAUCACGGCAAAUGAACUAAGCCAUAUGCAGAAAAAGUAUUAUAUGUUCUCAUUGUGGGGUGUUUUUCCUUAAUAGUCAAAUAUGCAGAAUAUAGACAAAGAUGGUUUAUGCAAGUGGGGAUGGCGAAGGAUACUUGUAGAUUAGAGGACACAAAGCAACAACUACAGAGUGAAGUAAUCCAGAGACUUAAUGUAUAAUAUGAGGACUGUAUUUAAUAAUUCUAUUUAAGAUACACAGCAAACGAGUGUAUCUUACUAACACACACACUUACAUAGAGAGAAUAAAGUGAUAGAUACGUUUGUUUUAUCUUCAUGUAGCUGAUAAUUUCAUAUUGUACACCUCAAACAUAGAUAACCAACAAAGAGGAAGAGGAUAGGUGCCUCUCCCAGGGCGGAAGAGUACAUUCGAAAGUCAGACACCAUUGUGUAGAUGUACCACAUGGAGGAGCUAGAGAAAGUAGCCAAGGAGCUAAAGGGAUCUGCAACCCUAUAGGUGGAACAACAUUAUGAGCUAACCAGUACCCCGGAGCUCUUGACUCUAGCUGCAUAUAUAUCAAAAGAUGGCCUAAUCGGCCAUCACUGGAAAGAGAGGCCCAUUGGACUUGCAAACUUUAUAUGCCCCAGUACAGGGGAAUACCAGGGCCAAAAAGGGGGAGUGGGUGGGCAGGGGAGUGGGGGUGGGUGGAUAUGGGGGACUUUUGGUAUAGCAUUGGAAAUGUAAAUGAGUUAAAUACCUAAUAAAAAAUGGAAAAAAAAAAAAAAAAAAAAAAAAAAAGAAAGUCAGACACCUCACUUCACUGCUAUCUCAACUUGCAAACAGAAGGGGAGUCACAAACCCAGGACAAACCACAGUGAUUGAAGCGUCUUUGAAUGUUAUUGCUGUUGUUGUUACCACCAUCAUUAGCAUAUAUUCAUUGUGAAGACUUACGGGGUCUAUGACAUGUUUUUUUAUUCAAGUAUAUCACAUGCUGUCAGCAUAUUUGGCACCACUACCAGCCCCAGCCCCCUCUGCCCCGCCCCCAACACACACACACACACACACACACACACACACACACACACACACACACACACACACACACACCUUUACCUUCUCCUGGGCAUCAUCUGCUCACUCACCCACCCAAGCUUAAUCCUUUUCCUUCCCUGCAAUAGUACCUCUCCUAUUUUUAUGUCUAGGUUCCCCCUCCCCCUGUUAGGAGAUGGGAGAGGUCACGAAAGGAAAGAAUUUGUAGCCCCUGAGCCAGCCCGGGCCACAGAGCCUGCCACCAGACAGGAAAAGCCCAGGGCUUACCAGCACAGGAGGAGCAAACUCGCAGGCGAGCCUGGGUUGGCGCUGGUGGUCCCGGGUCGAUGGCCCGCCCAUUCCCAGAAGCCGAGGCUAUAGCUGCGUCACCUGCCCCGCCCUCCUCCCGAGUGAAGACCCCUAGAGGCUGAGCAGACCCCAAAGGCGGUGCAAUUCCAUUGGCCCAAGGCAGAGGUGAGCGGCUGCUAAUCCCCUCGGGAAGUGAAGGGACCCAGAGAGUCUGGUAGAUGUGGGAGCUGGGGUUCAGGGCGAGACAGAGGGUGGGAUGGGCAGAAGGGUCCAGGAAAAGGAAAGUACUGGAGGGGAGUUGGGACAAAAGCAGCGACCAAGGGAACAUCGCUUCAGUGACUGAAGCCAGGCAAAAGGAGCGGGAAGGAUUAUAUGUAGCCUGGGACGCUUUCAUAAACACUGAUGACGUGUUUGUGCAAAGCAAGCAAUUUGAGGAGAAACGCCUGGGACGUCGGAAAGAAGGAGUGAUCGAUUAGUACUUGUAAGUUUAGGUGAGUUUGAGAACUAACUAACCUAUACUAUUGAGGGAGAAGGAAGAGCAUUCCAGCAGCAGCAGCAGCAGCAGCAAUCAGAUAAAGGAAAGCUUUGGUUAGUUUGGAAAUGUAUGAUACCAUUAAAAUAACAGAAGCGCCUCCAGUUCUCUGAAGAGUCAGUCCCCCAGCUAGUGAAGACUAAGCCUACUAAGCCUUUUGCUCCCGUUGGAAGCAAAGAACGUUCCUUCAAUCAGGUGAAGGCUCUCCUCAGAAGAUUUCCUGUCUCUGCUUAUGUUACAAGAGGAUUCAAAAGCAAGACAGAAGAGCUCAGGAUGCAGAAGAGAGGCAGGGAAGUCAGCUGCUUGCUGAUCUCCCUCACUGCCAUCUGCCUGGUGGUCACCCCUGGGAGCAGGGUCUGUCCUCGCCGAUGUGCCUGCUAUGUGCCCACAGAGGUGCACUGUACAUUUCGGUACCUGACCUCCAUCCCAGACGGCAUCCCAGCCAAUGUGGAACGAGUCAAUUUAGGGUAUAACAGCCUCACUAGAUUGACAGAAAAUGACUUUUCUGGCCUGAGCAGACUGGAGUUACUCAUGCUGCACAGCAAUGGCAUUCACAGAGUCAGUGACAAGACCUUCUCGGGCUUGCAGUCCUUGCAGGUCUUAAAAAUGAGCUAUAACAAAGUCCAAAUAAUUGAGAAGGAUACUUUGUAUGGACUCAGGAGCUUGACCCGGUUGCACCUGGAUCACAACAACAUUGAGUUUAUCAACCCCGAGGCGUUUUACGGACUCACCUUGCUCCGCUUGGUACAUCUAGAAGGAAACCGGCUGACAAAGCUCCAUCCAGACACAUUUGUCUCUUUGAGCUAUCUCCAGAUAUUUAAAACCUCCUUCAUUAAGUACCUGUACUUGUCUGAUAACUUCCUGACCUCCCUCCCAAAAGAAAUGGUCUCCUCUAUGCCAAACCUAGAAAGCCUUUACUUGCAUGGAAACCCAUGGACCUGUGACUGCCAUUUAAAGUGGUUGUCCGAGUGGAUGCAGGGAAACCCAGGAAUCUGACAUACAGAUCAACCAACAGAGCUUACUGUCCUGUGGGAAGGCAAGCAUUCAAACAAGACAUUCCAAUGAUAUAAUAAAAUGCAAGAAGGAAAGAAUCCCCUCCAGUCCUCAGCAGUGUCCCCUUUGCAUGAACCCCAGGAUCUCUAAAGGCAGAUCUAUUGCUAUGGUUCCAUCUGGCUCGUUCCUGUGUACAAAGCCAACCAUUGAUCCAUCACUGAAGUCAAAAAGCCUGGGUAUUCAGGAGGACAAUGGAUCUGCCUCCGUCUCACCUCAAGAUUUCAUAGAACCUUUUGGCUCCUUGUCUUUGAACAUGACAGACCUGUCUGGAAAUAAGGCCAAUGUGAUCUGUAGUAUCCAAAAGCCUUCUAGGACAUUACCAAUUGCAUUCACUGAAGAAAAUGACUACAUCAUGCUAAAUAUGUCAUUUUCAACAAAUCUUGUGUGCAGUGUCAAUUAUAAUCACAUCCAGCCAGUGUGGCAACUCCUGGCUUUGUACAGUGACUCUCCUCUGAUAUUAGAAAGGAAGCCCCAGCAUACUGAGACUCCACUGCUGUCUCCCAAAUAUCAACAGGUGGCUCUUAGGCCUGAAGACACUUUUACCAACAUAGAGGCUGAUUUCAAAGCAGAUCCUUUUUGGUUCCAACAAGAAAAAAUUUCCCUGCAGCUCAACAGAACUGCUACCACACUUAGCACAUUACAGAUCCAAUUUUCCACGGAUGCUCAAAUCACUUUACCAAAGGCAGAGAUGAGACCGGUGAAACGCAAAUGGACCAUGAUUCUGAUGAUGAACAAUACCAGACUGGAACAUACUGUUUUGGUUGGCGGCACUAUUGCCCUGGACUGUCCGGGCAAAGGUGACCCUUCACCUCACUUGGAAUGGGUUUUAGCUGAUGGGAGUAAAGUGAGAGCCCCUUAUGUUAGUGAGGAUGGGCGAAUCCUAAUAGACAAAAAGGGGAAGUUGGAACUCCAGAUGGCUGAUACCUUUGAUGCAGGUCUUUACCAUUGCAUAAGCACCAAUGAUGCUGAUGCAGAUAUUCUCACAUACAGGAUAACUGUGGUAGAGCCCUAUGUAGAAAACAAGCAUGAAAAUGGAGCUCUGCACACAGUAAUUAUGGGUGAGAUACUCGAUCUUCCAUGCCUUUCCACUGGUAUUCCAGAUGCUUCUAUUAGCUGGAUUCUUCCCCGGAACACUGUGUUCUCUCAGUCAUCAAGAGACAUGCAAAUUCUUAACAAUGGGACCUUAAGAAUAUUACAGGCUACACCAAAAGAUCAAGGCCAUUACCGAUGUGUAGCAGCCAACCCAUCAGGGGCUGAUUUUUCCAGUUUUCAAGUUUCAGUCCAAAUGAAAGGUCAAAGGACAAUUGAGCAUGACAGGGACAUAGAUGGAUCUGGACUUGAAGAACCCAAGCCCAGUGUUCUCCUUAAGCAGCCACCAUCUUUGAAACUCCCUGCAUCAUCUUUGACAGGGACAGAGGCUGGAAAACAAGUCUCUGGGAUACAUAAGAAAAACAAACAUAGAGACUUAACACAUCGACGGCGUGGGGAUUCCACUCUCCGGAGAUUCAGGGAACACAGGAGGCAGCUCCCUCUCUCUGCUCGGAGAAUUGACCCCCAACACUGGGCAGCACUUUUAGAAAAAGCAAAGAAGAAUUCUGUUCUAAGGAAGCAAGAAAAUACCACAGUAAAGCCAACGCCACUGGCUAUUCCACUUGUGGAACUCGCUGGGGAGGAAAAAGACGCCUCCGGCCUGACUCCUCCAGAUGAAGAAUUCACGGUUCUGAAAACUAAGGCUUUUGGUGUCCCAGAAAGGUCACCAACUGCUGACUCUAGACCAGUAAAUCAUGGCUUUGUGACAAGUUCAGCUUCUGGCACAGAAGUCUCCUCCACCGUGAAUCCGCAAACACUACUACCCACGCACCUUCCUGAUUUCAAAUUAUUUAAUGUUGUGGACAGUGCAGCUGUGUCAAAGAGUAUGAACCGACCUGUAACAAGCAAGAUAGAAGAUACAACACAUCAAAACCCAAUCAUUAUCUUUCCAUCAGUAGCUGAAAUUCAAGAUUCUGCUCAGGUGGGGAGAACGUCUUCCCAAAGUGCACACCCCGCAACAGGGGGAGCCAUGGCUACCUAUGGCUAUACCACCAUGCUUAGUAGCUUCACCAACAAAGCCAAUACAGUCCUGCAGUCAGCAAAUCCAACAGAAAGUUAUGGACCUCAGAUACCUUUAACAGAAGUAAGUAGAGUUAGCAGUAAUAACUCCUUGGCUCACACUACUAAAGAUCCAGGCUUCUCCAAGCGCCCUUCAGAUUCCCACACCACUGCCCCUUCUUUAUUUCAAACUCCUAGAAACAACAGUACAGGUAACGUGGGAAGAGAGAGGACAAUUUGGAGCAGAGGGCGAGCUAUAAGUCCAUAUAGAACUCCAGUUCUCCGUCGGCAUAGACACAGGAUUGUGAGGCCAGCACUCAAGGGACCUGCUAACAGAAAUAUAAGUCAAGUUUCAGCCACGGAGCCCCCUGGGAUGUGCCGAACCUGUUCUUCCACAGAAAGGCUCACCAUGGCUACGGCAGCACUGUCAGUUACAGGCUCAUCCCACACUACCCUCCCCAAAGCUAACAAUGUUGGGAUUAUUUCAGAAGAGUCUACCACUGUGGUCAAGAAGCCAUCUUUACUAUUGAAGAACAAACAAGAUGUAGAUAUAGAGACAAUAACAACCACUAUAAACUAUUUCAGAAGUGAAAGUACCCACAUGACUCCCACUGAAGCAAGCAUGAUUUCUGCUCCAACAUCCAUAUCCCUGGGAAAAACUCCUAUAGACACUAGUGGUCACCUGAGCAUGCCUAGGACCAUCCAAGCUGGAACAGAUUUAGUGGUGACACCACCACUUUCCAGUCCACUUAGCCAACCCUCAAUACCAACAAAAGCAACAAGCACAAAACUCUCAAGAAGAAAAAUUCCCUGGCACCCAAUCUUUGCAAAUAACCAUAACAAAGAGGGGAUGCUAAAGAAUCUGCAUCAGUUUGGUUUACAAAAGAACACAGCCACUAAGCCUCCUGAAAAAGCUCCUCUUUUACCCACAGAUCAUGGUUCCUCCUCACCUUCUACAACACUCUUGGCAAGUCUGACGCCAGCUCAGUCUGCAACAAUGGCUGCCACUCGGCGCAAUGGCACUGAAGUGCAAGGUGCCAGAAGUCUCUCUGCAGGGAAAGAGCAGCCCUUCAUCAACUCCUUCCUAGUGCUUCCUAGCACCACAAGAAAGAGAUCUAGUACAUUAAGCUUCCUGUCAGUGGAAACCCCCACAGUGACAACUCCUCCUGUUAUUGCAUCUGCCAUUAUCUCUGAAACCCAAGAAGUACGAUCCAAAAAAGCAAAAGACCAAACAAAGGGGUCUCUGAAGAACAGGAAAGGCCCAACCAUCACCCCCAGGCAGAUUUCUGGCUAUAGCACAUACUCAGUUCCAACAACAACUGAUACUCCCUUGGCUUUCAGUCAUUCCCCGGGAAAAGUCACUGGUAGGACUGUAAGUACAGCUGCUCCUCACUCAGCAGCUUCUCUCCUGGGCAUAACUGAACUGCCCCAGAAAUGCACUCAUACUUCGGGAAAUAUAACAGCUUCGGAAACAACUCUGUUGAGCAAAUCACAGGAGAGCACCGCAAUGAAAAGAGCCUCCGCCACACCACCACUCCUCAGCAGUGGGGCACCCCGAAUGCCUACUCCUUCCCCUCCUCCCUUCACUAAGGUUGUGGUUACAGACAGUGAGGUCCCAGCAGUUUUCAAGAUGAUGUCAAAUAGGAUGGUCACCAUAUAUGAAUCUUCAAGGCACGAUAUAGAUCUGCAGCAACCCUCAGCAGAGGCUAGCCCCAAUCCUGAGAUCUUAACUGGAUCCACUGACUUUCCCCUCUCUAGUCUGUUGACCUCCACUCCUAUGCCAGCACCAAGAGUGGAUAAACCACAGGAUUCUCAAUGGAAGCCUUCUCCCUGGCCAGAAAACAAAUUUCAGCUCAGGUCAUACUCAGAAACCAUUGAAAAGGGCAAAAGGCCAGAAAUAAGCCUGUCACCCCACCUCAGCUUUCCAGAGGCCAGCACUCAUGCCUUGCAUUGGAAUGCACAGAGGCAUGCAGAAAAGAGUGUCUUUGAUAAGAAACCUGCUCAAAACCCAACUUCCAAACACCUGCCCUAUGACUCUCUGCCUAAGACUAUAUUGAAGAAACCAAGAAUAAUUGGAGGAAAGGCUGCAAGCUUUACUGUUCCAACUAAUUCAGAUGUCCUUCUUCCUUGCGAGGCUGUUGGAGACCCAAAGCCCACCAUCCACUGGACCAGAGUCUCAUCAGGACGUGAAAUAUCCCGAGGGAUACAGAAAACCCGGUUUCAUGUGCUUCCCAAUGGCACCUUGUCCAUCCAGAGGGUCAGCAUUCAGGACCGUGGACAGUACCUGUGCGCUGCCUCUAAUCCACUAGGUGUAGACCACCUUCAUGUCACUCUGUCUGUGGUCUCCUACCCUGCUAGGAUUCUGGAGAGUCAUGUCAAGGAGAUCACAGCUCAUUCCGGAAGUACUGUGAAACUUAAGUGUAGAGUAGAAGGUAUGCCAAGACCUACAAUUUCCUGGAUACUCGCAAACCAAACAGUGGUCUCGGAAACACCCGAGGGAAGCCGGAAGGUCUGGGUGACACCCGAUGGAACGUUGAUCAUCCAUAAUUUGAGUCUUUAUGACCGUGGUUUUUACAAGUGUGUAGCCAACAACCCAUCUGGCCAGGAUUCACUGUUGGUUAAGAUACAAGUCAUCACAGCUCCCCCUGUUAUUAUAGAGCAAAAGAGACAAGCCAUCGUUGGCGUUUUAGGUGAAAGUUUGAAACUGCCCUGCACUGCAAAGGGAACUCCCCAGCCCAGUGUUCAUUGGGUCCUCUAUGAUGGGACUGAACUAAAACCACUGCAGUUGACUCAUUCCAGGUUUUUCUUGUAUCCAAAUGGGACCCUGUAUAUAAGAAACAUCGUUUCUUCAGUCAGGGGCACUUAUGAAUGCAUUGCUACCAGCUCCUCGGGCUCAGAGAGAAGGGUAGUGAUUCUAAGAGUAGAAGAGCAAGAGACAGUUCCCAGGAUAGAAACUGCCUCGCAGAAAUGGACAGAGGUGAAUUUGGGUGAGAAAUUACUACUGAACUGCUCAGCUACUGGGGAUCCGAAACCUACAAUAAUCUGGAAGUUACCAUCCAAGGUUGUCAUUGACCAGUGGCACAGAAUGGGCAGCCGGAUCCAUGUCUACCCAAAUGGCUCCUUGGUUAUUGGAUCGGUGACAGAAAAGGAUGGUGGUGACUACUUAUGUGUGGCAAGAAACAAAAUGGGAGAUGACCUGGUCCUGAUGCAUGUCCGCCUAAGACUGACACCUGCCAAAAUUGAACACAAGCAGCAUUUUAAGAAGCAAGUACUCCAUGGGAAAGAUUUCCAAGUUGACUGCAAGGCUUCUGGCUCCCCUGUGCCUGAGGUAUCCUGGAGUUUGCCUGAUGGAACAGUGGUGAACAAUGUAGCACAAGCUGAUGACAGUGGCUACAGGACCAAGAGGUACACCCUCUUCCACAACGGAACCUUGUAUUUCAACAAAGUUGGGAUGGCAGAGGAAGGAGAUUAUAUUUGCUCUGCUCAGAACACCUUAGGGAAAGAUGAAAUGAAAGUUCACCUAACAGUUCUAACAGCCAUCCCACGGAUAAGGCAAAACUACAGGAGCAAUGUAAGGAUCAAGGCUGGAGACACAGCUGUCCUGGACUGUGAGGUCACUGGGGAACCCAAGCCAAAUGUAUUUUGGUUGCUGCCUUCCAACAAUGUCAUUUCAUUCUCCAAUGACAGGUUCAUAUUUCAUGCCAAUGGAACUUUGUCCAUCAAUAAAGUGAAACCGCUUGACUCUGGGAAGUAUGUGUGUGUAGCUCAAAAUCCUAGUGGGGAUGACACUAAGACAUACAAACUGGAUAUUGUCUCUAGGCCUCCAUUAAUCAAUGGUUUGUAUGCAAACAAAACUGUUAUUAAAGCCACAGCCAUUCAGCACUCCAAAAAACACUUGGACUGCAGAGCAGAUGGGGUCCCACCACCCCAGAUCACAUGGAUUAUGCCAGACAAUAUUUUCCUCACGGCUCCAUACUACGGAGGCAGAAUCACCGUGCAUCAAAAUGGAACCUUGGAAAUUCGGAACAUAAGGCUUUCUGAUUCUGCGGAUUUCACCUGUGUGGUUCGGAGCGAAGGAGGAGAGAGUGUGUUGGUGGUGCAGUUAAAAGUACUGGAAAUGCUGAGAAGACCAACAUUCAGAAACCCAUUCAAUGAAAAAGUAGUUGCCCAGGUUGGCAAGCCUGUAGCAAUGAACUGCUCUGUGGAUGGGAACCCAACACCUGAAAUUAUCUGGAUCUUACCUGAUGGCACACAAUUUGCUAAUGGGCCACAAAAUUCCCCAUAUCUGAUGGCAAGCAAUGGUUCUCUCAUUGUUUACAAAGCAACUCGGAACAAGUCAGGAAAGUAUCGCUGUACAGCAAGAAAUAAGGUUGGCUACAUCGAGAAACUCAUCCUGUUAGAAAUUGGACAGAAGCCAGUCAUUCUGACAUACGAACCGGGGAUGAUAAAGAGCGCCGGUGGGGAAUCGCUAUCCCUGCAUUGUGUGUCUGAUGGAAUCCCUAAGCCAAAUGUCAAAUGGACUACGCCAGGUGGCCUUGUAAUCGACAGACCUCAAGUCGGUGGAAAAUACAUAUUGCAUGAAAAUGGCACGUUGGUCAUCAAAGAAACAACAGCUCAUGACAGAGGAAAUUAUAUCUGUAAGGCUCAAAACAGCGUUGGCCAGGCAGUUAUUAGUGUUCCCGUGACGAUUGUGGCCUACCCUCCCCGAAUUAUAAACUACCUUCCCAGGAGCAUGCUCAGGAGGACAGGAGAGGCAAUGCAGCUCCACUGUGUGGCCUUGGGAGUCCCCAAGCCACAAAUCACCUGGGAGACGCCGGGAUACUCCCUGCUCUCAACGGCGACAGAAAGAAGGCCCCACAGAAGUGAGAUGCUUCCCCUACAAGGUACGCUGGUCAUUCAGAAUCUACGAGCCUCAGAUUCUGGCGUCUAUAAAUGCAGAGCACAGAACGUGCUUGGUGCCGAUUAUGCAACAACUUACAUCCAGGUCCUCUGACAGGAAGGGAGAAACUGAAUGGAACAAAAGCCAACAUCUGCAGACUUUAUUUUUUGGAAGAAGUUUAAUCAAAGGCAGCCAUAGGCAUGUAAAUGAAUCCGAAUACAUUUACAGUAUUAAAUUUACAAUGGACAUGCAGUGAGACUUGUAAAUAAAUGCACUGUGAACUGAUUCCGAGUUUCCAUGGAUUUCAAAGCAAACUCUUAACUUAAGGCACUUUGAUUUUGCCAACAAAUAAUAAAAAACAUUAAGAGAAAAUGAUCCGCUACAAAUUAACAAAUGGCGAAUGCACCUGAAUUUUCAGUAAAAAGACCUUUCUUCCGCUAACAGUUGCCAGCUGCCUUGUGUCUGUUUUCCACCAAUGUUACAAACAUCGCACACAGAAUGAAUGGAGACAACGUGAAAGAUUAGGUUUGCAGCCCGUGUUAAUCUCAAUGCACAAAUAUUUUGUCACUGGUUUACAAACAUUUUGAUAAAACCUACAGAAAACAA